UGUGGUGGAUACACCGCCCGGCUGCUCCACUCCACUCCACCCAGCAUUGAGGGAGACCCGAAGAGGCCGGAGCCGAGGACUUUGGGCUGGGUUUUCUGGACAGAACCAGCAGGCGCCUACUCUGCUCUGGGUGGGGAGAGUGGGGAUUCGGUGAACUAUGAAGGGCCGGCGGCGGCGGCGCCGAGAGUACUGCAAGUUCACGCUGCUCUUGGCUCUGUACACGCUUCUGCUACUUCUUGUCCCCUCUGUACUGGACAGCCACAGCGAGCAGGACAAGGGCAGGCACUGCCCCGGCCUGCAGCGCAGCUUGGGUGUGUGGAGCCUGGAGGCGGCGGCGGCCAGGGAACGUGAGCAGGGCGCUGAGGUGCGGUCCCUGGCCGAAGGAAACCCGGAUCGAUCCCCCGGGUCCCCCAGCAACCUCAGCGCCUUUGGUGAGGCGGUGACCCAGGAAAAGCAACACAUCUAUGUGCAUGCCACCUGGCGCACCGGCUCGUCCUUCUUGGGCGAACUCUUCAACCAGCACCCGGACGUUUUCUACUUGUACGAGCCCAUGUGGCAUCUGUGGCAGGCACUGUAUCCGGGCGACGCGGAGAGCCUGCAGGGCGCACUAAGAGACAUGCUGCGCUCCCUCUUCCGCUGUGAUUUCUCUGUGCUGCGCCUGUACGCGCAGCCUGGGGACCCUGGGGAGCGAGCACCGGACUCGGCCAACCUCACCACGGCCAUGCUUUUCCGCUGGCGGACCAACAAGGUCAUCUGCUCGCCGCCUUUGUGCCCCGCCGCGCCCCGGGCACGCGCGGACGUGGGCCUCGUCGAGGACAAAGCCUGCGAAAGUACCUGCCCGCCCGUGUCGCUCCGCGCCCUGGAGGCCGAGUGCCGCAAGUACCCGGUGGUGGUCAUCAAAGACGUGCGGCUGCUGGACCUGGGAGUGCUGGUCCCUUUGCUGCGUGACCCAGGCCUCAACCUGAAGGUGGUGCAGCUCUUCCGAGACCCUCGGGCCGUGCACAACUCGCGCCUCAAGUCGAGGCACGGACUGCUGCGUGAAAGCAUCCAGGUGCUGCGCACACGCCAGAGGAGUGAGCACUUUCACCGGGUGCUGCUGGCGCAUGGAGUGGAUGCCCGUCCAGGAGGCCAGGCCCGGGCUCUGCCCUCGGCGCCACGCGCUGAUUUCUUCUUAACCAGCGCGCUUGAGGUGAUCUGCGAAGCGUGGCUUCGCGACCUGCUAUUCACCCGCGGCGCGCCCGCCUGGCUGAGGCGUCGCUACCUGCGGCUGCGUUAUGAGGACCUGGUGUGGCAGCCCCAAGCCCAGCUUCGCCGCCUGCUGCGCUUCUCUGGGUUGCGGACACUCGCCGCGCUUGAUGCCUUCGCAUUCAAUAUGACGCGCGGCUCGGCCUACGGCGCCGAUCGUCCCUUCCACUUGUCUGCGCGGGACGCCCGAGAAGCUGUGCACGCCUGGCGCGAGCGUCUGAGCCAAGAGCAGGUGCGCCAAGUGGAAACUGCCUGCGCCCCUGCCAUGCGUCUGCUUGCCUACCCUCGCAGUGGGGACGAACGCGACAGGAAGACCGUCAGGGAAGGGGAGACACCACUGGAGACCAAGGCCAAUUGGGCUGUGUAAUACCCUGAUCCCUGAACCCUGCCCUGGGGCGUAUUCAGGUAUGGUUGAACAUAAUCAUAAUCGCAGUCCUCACAAGUCUAAGGCAGGAGAAUCACAAGGUAAAGGCUAUCCUGAAUCACAUAGCAUAAAACUUUGUUUCAAAAAAAAAAAUGUUUUCCGUUUGAUUCUUUAAAAAUUUUUGGUGAAAGUUUGUAUUAUUUUCUUCCAAUUGUGUUUGUAAGUGUUGAAGUACUUUAAUGAUAGCUGCUUGUAUUGGUCAGGGAUCUCUAGAGGAACACAACCUAUAGAAAUAUAUUAAAGUUUUACUAGAUUGUCUUAUUCUACAUGGUGUGAGUCAUCUAACUAGAGCUCUUUCACGCUGAGGAAGUUGAGAACACAGUAGUUUCCUCAUCCAUGAGGCAGAAUACCUCAACAGUCCCAAUCUGGUACUAAAGGUAGGGAAAAUUUCUGGAGAGCCCUGGUCUUCACUCCAUGUUGUGAGCCUGAAGAAGCUGUGCUCUGGUACUAGUGCAUAGAAGCAACAACAGUAGUAUGGUGUAGAUGAAGCUGCUGGAAAGAGUGGAAUGAAGGCCCAUGCCCAUCACCAGUCAUUCUAUUAAACUGGUAGAUAACUUUAUCAGAUUAGAUAAAUGCCAAAUUUCAUACAGUUGUAAUAUCAGAGCAAAGGCCCCCAAAUCAAAAAGUUGAUUGCAAGAUCAGACAUGUUCAAGGUGGUAGACACUUGAUAAAUGUGGCCUCAUGAAACUAAACACUUCUUACAGCAAAUACAUCAUCAUCUAAGUGAAAGGGGGAACUGCAGAAUGGAAGAACAUCUCUAGCAGCUGUACAUCUGAUA